AUGCUGGAAGUGACCGAUCAGGGCGAAUCGGGUAAUAUGGCCAAUUUGGCUCUGGAAGAUUUGUUGGAAAAUUCGGGAAGGAUACCGGAAGUGACUCGAGAAUUGUUGCAACUUUCCGGCACGGCCAUGUCGAAUAUACCGAUACGGGAAGCGAUUCUGCUCGAUGAUUAUGCCCAGUUUCCGGAUAUUACGGUAUUUGAGGGGGGCCCGCGUCCAAAAUCCCGCGAGAUGGGCGUGGUAACUACGGUGGCCGGGGUGGCGAACAAAUUGGAGGAGGAGAUUCUGGAGAACGGGAUGGAGAACGAGACAUUGUCGGAUUCCGGACCGGAAUUGGGACUGGCAAACGGGGUGGGGCUAGCUACCGUAACCUCGGCCGUAAUUCGUAUGCACCAGGAGACAGAAGCCACGCCGGAAACUCUGGCUACCGUAACCUCGCGAACGGGUACCGUAGUUCGCCCGCAAGCCGUUGGGGAGCUCGAGCUCGUUCCGGAGUUUCCUAUCGACACCGAUGGUACGGCACGGAAAAUUGUCGAUUCCGCAAUGCUACGCAAGAUUGGAGAGCGUACUGUAGGGGGCGAGGUCGUUACCGUAAUCCCGGAGAAAUUAGAUACGGUAGCUACCGUAAACAGCGACGUAAAUUGGAAAGAAACGGAACAAAAUUCCGAAGUUACCCUAAUCCCCGAGAAAUUGGAUACGGUAACUGGAAGGAGGCAUGGAGCGGAAAAUCCCGAAGCUACCGUACCCCCAAACACCAAAUUCCACGACGCUCCAAAACCCGAAAAUCGCUUCAUCAACCGGAUUCUAAUCCAAAAUUUCACAAAAACCCAAAAAAAUCAAUUCGCCGGGUACUACGGUAGCGAGCAGCAGCUAAAAACGACAAAUGUCGAGCCGUGGAUGUAUUUCGAGGGCGCCAACCGGAAAAGCGAAAACGCCAAGAUUUUUAUCGACACCAAAAAUUCGAAGAAGUUCGGCGAUAAAUCGAUUAAGGCGAUUCCGAAUUUUUCUGGAACAUCGACAUUUUCGAUUGGGCAGGAUUUGGGGAUAAUUCCCCCGGAAAAUGAAGAAAAAGCUAAUUUAAAUCAGGAAAAAUUUAAAUUAAACACGGAAAAAUUGGAUUUUACCCCGGAAAAAUCUAAUUUGAAUCCGGAGAGAAUAUUGCCCAUCGAAUUCCCGGAAAUUCGAAUAAAUUCCCGGCCGCUGCCCGCUACACCUAAUGACGGGAGGGAAGAAGACCAAAAUUCCGAAGGGCUACGAAGUGCACCAAAUGACGGUGCGCUACAAGUUACACCGGAUGACGGGCCGCUACAAGUGACACCUAAUUCCGAGCGGCUACAACCUACACCAGAUGACAGUUCACUACGAGCUACACCAAAUGACGGGCCGCUACAAGUUACACCUAAUUCCGAAAGGCUACAACCUACACCAAUUGACACGCGGCUACACGCUACAGCAAAUUCCGAGCGGUUACAAGCUACACCUAAUUCCGAGCGCCUACACGCUACACCAGAUGACGCUAAGGAGUACGGUGGAGACCUCGGCUAUAAGCCCACCAUAUUCCCUGAUUUGGCCCCGAAAAAUAACGAACUAUUGAUGAGUUUCGGCACGACGAAGCCUACCGUAACCCGGCCGUGGUGGGACCCUACGAUAGCUACCGUAUCCCAGCCGGAAUGGCUAAAAAAGGCGUUGCGGGACGUGGAGGGCCCGAAUUGGCGGUGGGGAAGCGGAAAUACAGUGCCCCGCGAGGAAGGGUUACGGUAUUACAGUAACCCACCCUGGGGUACGGUAGAAAAAGGCGAUAGAUUGGGAGUUGAAGACCAUGAAGCGGGGAUUCCGCAACGCUACCCGGGCAGUUUAACGUGGGCCACGGAAGCUACCGUACCCCAGCGAGGAUUUUUGGGUACUGUAGAAAAGGGCAAAAAGGUGGAUUUUGGCGAACAUGAAGCCGGAAUUCCGGAACGCUACGCCUGGGGUUCGGUAGAAAAAGGCAAAAAAGCUGAUUUUGAAGACAAUGAAGCCGGUAUUCCGGAACGCUACUCCCGGAUUACGGGACUGGGAAUGCUGGGUGACUCUGCUGGAGAUGAUGGCCUCCGCCCAGCCGCUUCAACCCUCCCCACACCCACCGUAACCCCGGAUUUGGAGCUGUCGGAGCCGAUGCAGCAAUUCCUCGCGGGGCCCUCAACGUCAGGGAAUUUCGUCUUUCAACCUGCCGAUGACGCCGGGUCAGAUGCUACGGUAGCUACCAUAACUGAAGAGGAGCUCCGCGCCGAGCGUAUCAUCCCGGAAAACAUCGCGCGUAUGCUGCGGAUUGGGCCGAUUGGGGAGGGGCCAGGCUGCCCGGCCACCGUUCGCGUCCAAAUAUUACGAUGCUCCGAGACGAUCCUUGACGAUACGAUGAAACAUAUGAUGCCGAUGGAUAUGAGCUCGAUGUUUGGAGGACGGCAGCCCGGCCAACACGACCAAUUUUGCGCAAACGCGCAGCGAUACCUACAAUGUGCCGAAGAGCACGCCACUACGAAUCCGGACUGUUUGCGCGAAUUUCACGCAACCCUUGAUCGGGCUUACCUCGACUAUUUGCCAUCCUGUCGUCCCGACGGCGCGUAUAGGGCUACACAAUGUUCUCAAAAAGGCUCCUGCUGGUGCGUGGAUGAUUUUGGGCUGCCGAUGGUUGACACCUUUACUGGUCCAAACGAAGCGAUAGCAGAUUGUGGAGGCGGCCCAACCUACAGCUGCCAACGGCUUCCUGAUGCUCAAUUUUGUGAGGUCACUCAAGAGGAGCCGGAGCAGGCGAUACGAUGGGCCCUAGAAGAGGGUGUCUGCCGGCCAUAUACCAUCCGUGAAUGCCGCGAAAAUAAAUUCCUCCCACCCUACACCCUGACCUACGAUGAAUGCCAGCUGUUUUGCCUGUAUCGAAAGUCG